GGGACCCCCGCCAUCAAUGACGCACCUCCAGGGCGUCCCUUGCAAACAAUGUUGCACUUUGAGGAGACUGCAGAAACUGGCCUGCACCUCACCAGUUUACAACCCAGCGAACACAAAUGCUGGAGAAACUCAGCGGGUUUGUGGUCGGACACCGGGAGUCUGGAGGCGGAGCUGAAACACAAGAGAGCAUGUGAUGUGCAGGAAGGAACUGCAGAUGCAGGUUUCAACCGAAGGUGGACACAAAAUGCUGGGGUAACUCAGCGGGACGGGCAGCAUCUCUGGAGAGAAGGAAUGGGUGAGACCCUUCUUCAGACUCAUGUUGUUGGCUAGACGCUGGUAGCAAUAAGGAUGAAUCAGAAGGGAUGAGUCUGCUGGUGACAACGCAUGAAUUAUGCCCUACAAGAACGAGUGUCAGAGGUUGAUCGCAAGCAACGGUGGAUCCCAACUCGGAUGAAGGAAUCAUUGAUUCUCAGGAGAGGCGACAUUGAUUACAUAACAUAACAGCCCAUUAAAUUCAGAUUCCUUAAAUGUAGCAAAUCAAUUUGUUUGCUAUAAUUACAAGUGAGAAGAGUAAUUAAUCACUGCUGUUUGUUCGCAUCAUUUUAUUUUCAUCUGGAUUUAUAUUUACGUUAUAGACUAUUAAAGUGGAAUGGAGGACAAAGUUAAACGUCUCAUCAGAUUGACCCAAGAAGGGAACCUCGACUUCAUUAAGGGAGAGGUGUGCAAGUGUGAGAGUGUCAGGACUGCCAUGGUAAAGGGGCACUUUGGGCGCUCGGGAGACACGGCGCUACAUUAUGCCGCCAGACGCGGACACCCGGAGAUCCUGACAUACCUGGUCGAGGAACUCGGAGCUGACGUGGAGCUGCUGAACAGCGAUUACAAGCGAGCCCUCCAUGAGGCGGCGUCCAUGGGCCACGCAGUAUGUGUGCGGUAUCUGCUUGCAAGAGGCGCCAUGGUUGACCCUGUGAAGAAAGCCGACUGGACACCACUGAUGAUGGCUUGCACAAGAAAGAACCUGGAGGUGAUUAAAGACCUGAUUGAAUCUGGAGCAAAUCCGACCCUGAAAAACAAGGAUGGUUGGAACUGUUUUCACAUCGCUUGCCGUGAAGGUGAUCCGGAAAUUAUCCUGUAUCUUCUCCAAGCCAGCCCGGGCAUCUGGGAUGUGAAGAGCAAGGUGAAGAGGACUCCCCUCCACACUGCAGCCAUGCACGGGUGUACUGAGGCUGUGGAAGUCCUUCUGGAAAGAUGUGCUUACGGACCAGAUGCCAAGGACAGCUGUGGUGUUACAGCCUUCAUGGACGCGGUGCAGCAUGGCCACAUCACGAUUGCAAAGCUCUUGCUGCACAGGCACGGGGCGAAUUUCUCGGCCGCCGACGCUUUGGGGGCGCAGUCUCUGCAUCGAGCUGCGGUGACAGCACAGGACAAAGCUAUUCACUUCCUGGUCAUGGAGCUUGGCGUGAAUGUAAAUGAGAGAGCCACGGAUAUGAAGCUGACAGCCCUGCAUUACGCGGCCAAGGAAGGGCACAGUCGCACUAUUGAGACACUGCUUACACUAGGAUCCGAUGUGCGGGCAAAGGAUUUCAAAGGUCGCUCGGCUUUACACAUGGCCUGCGCAGGUCAACAUGCCAAGUGCAUAAGGGUUCUAGUCGAUGCUGGGAUAAGUGAUUCUCCAGAUAACACGGGAACAUUAGCAAGCCAACUGCUCAAGAAACCAGAAGCACUCGAGGUUCUGCAAGGUACUAUGACUGACACAAAAUAAAUGAUAUUUAACCAA